GUCUUAUACUAUUACAUCAUCGUUUGGCUAAUUGAUAGUCCGGUCGAGUAUUGAAGUCCCCCUGAUGUAUUACGCAUGUGUAAAAUCUGACUACGCCACAUACGGGCCUCGCAGGUUCACAAGGGUCAAGACUCACAUAUUUUUUUAAGUAAACGACGACAAAAAAAAAGCUUCGGGACAUCUCGUCAUCUAGCUGACAGAUCAUAGCCAAUUGCAGAGCUUCUAAACUGGAAGUGACCAACCGGCGCAAUGGCUCCUGGGAUCAGUAAGAAGGGUGAGAAAAAGGCGGGAAAGUCCAGGAUGGGCGGUUCAAUGGAAAGGAGAAAAAAGAGAAAGAGGAAGGAGACCUACUCAGUCUACAUCUACAAAGUCUUGAAACAGGUUCAUCCUGACACGGGCAUCUCCAGUAAGGCCAUGAACAUCAUGAACUCUUUUGUGAACGACAUCUUCGAGCGGAUCGCCUCAGAAGCCUCGCGGCUGGCCCAGUACAACAAACGAUCCACCAUCACCAGUCGGGAGAUCCAGACGGCUGUGCGGCUGCUGCUGCCCGGAGAGCUGGCCAAACACGCCGUCAGCGAAGGCACCAAGGCCGUCACCAAGUACACCAGUUCCAAAUAGCGCGCGCGCAGGUGUCCACAACCUAUCAGAUUCAUCAAACUGGAAGCAAUACGGCUGAGUAUCUCAUCGACAUUCAGUGAGACAAUAACGGUACCGAUGUCAUAUUGCCAUCAACAGGGCUUGGAUAUCUUCAUUAGCUACUACUAUAUGAAGUUCAAACGAAUCACAGUUACAAAAUGGGUGUCAGACAGUCAGUUAUCAUCGGACGGCUCUCAGUCUCAAACUUUAAGGUUUUCUCCUCUGUGGGACAAAAUGAUACGAAGUGGAAGCUGCAAUCCUGGAUGAAACACACUAACAAAGUUUAAAAGUGACACUUUUGUGCAAUAAAAGGCUGGACUUGCCGAGUUAAAAAAA